GGCGGCUGCGCGCCUGCGCGAGGGCGGGCGUGCGGGGCGCGCGCGGCGGGGGUGGGCUCUGCCGAGCGCUGAGCCGCAGCCUCGGAGGCGGACGUGUCAUCGAAGAUGGCGGGCCGGAGCAUGCAAGCUGCAAGAUGUCCUACAGAUGAAUUAUCUUUAACCAACUGUGCAGUUGUGAAUGAGAAGGAUUUCCAGUCUGGCCAACAUGUGAUUGUGAGGACCUCUCCCAACCACAGGUACACAUUUACACUGAGAACCCACCCAUCCGUGCUUCCAGGGAGCAUUGCAUUCAGCUUACCUCAGCGAAAAUGGGCUGGACUUUCUAUUGGACAAGAAAUAGAAGUCUCCUCAUAUACAUUUGACAAAGCCAAACAGUGUAUUGGCACAAUGACCAUCGAGAUUGAUUUCCUGCAGAAAAAAAACAUUGACUCCAACCCUUAUGACACUGACAAGAUGGCAGCAGAAUUUAUUCAGCAGUUCAACAACCAGGCCUUCUCCGUGGGACAGCAGCUCGUGUUUAGCUUCAACGAAAAGCUUUUUGGCUUACUAGUGAAGGAUAUUGAAGCCAUGGAUCCUAGCAUUCUGAAAGGAGAGCCUGCGACAGGUAAAAGACAGAAGAUUGAAGUAGGGCUGGUUGUAGGAAACAGUCAAGUUACAUUUGAAAAAGCAGAAAACUCAUCACUCAAUCUUAUUGGCAAAGCUAAAACCAAGGAAAAUCGCCAAUCUAUCAUCAAUCCCGACUGGAACUUUGAAAAAAUGGGAAUAGGAGGUCUAGACAAAGAAUUUUCAGAUAUUUUCCGACGAGCAUUUGCCUCUCGAGUAUUUCCUCCAGAGAUUGUGGAGCAGAUGGGUUGUAAGCAUGUUAAAGGCAUCCUGUUAUACGGGCCCCCAGGCUGUGGUAAGACUCUCUUGGCUCGACAGAUUGGCAAGAUGUUGAAUGCGAGAGAGCCCAAAGUGGUCAAUGGGCCAGAGAUACUUAACAAAUAUGUUGGAGAGUCAGAGGCUAACAUCCGAAAACUUUUUGCUGAUGCUGAAGAGGAGCAAAGGAGGCUUGGUGCUAACAGUGGUUUGCACAUCAUCAUCUUUGAUGAAAUUGAUGCCAUCUGCAAGCAGAGAGGGAGCAUGGCUGGUAGCACAGGAGUUCAUGACACUGUUGUCAACCAGUUGCUGUCCAAAAUUGAUGGCGUAGAGCAGCUGAACAACAUCCUCGUCAUUGGAAUGACAAACAGACCAGAUCUGAUAGAUGAGGCUCUCCUUCGACCUGGAAGACUGGAAGUUAAAAUGGAGAUCGGCUUGCCAGAUGAGAAAGGUCGAUUACAGAUCCUUCACAUCCAUACGGCAAGGAUGAGAGGGCAUCAGUUACUCUCUGCAGAUGUGGACAUUAAAGAACUGGCUGUGGAAACCAAGAAUUUCAGUGGUGCCGAACUGGAGGGUCUGGUGCGAGCUGCACAGUCCACUGCUAUGAACAGACAUAUAAAAGCCAGUACUAAAGUGGAAGUAGACAUGGAGAAAGCUGAGAGCCUGCAGGUGACAAGAGGAGACUUCCUUGCUUCUUUGGAGAAUGAUAUCAAACCAGCAUUUGGCACAAACCAAGAGGAUUAUGCAAGUUACAUUAUGAAUGGAAUCAUCAAAUGGGGUGACCCAGUUACCAGAGUUCUGGAUGAUGGGGAGCUGUUGGUCCAGCAGACUAAAAACAGUGACCGGACACCACUGGUUAGCGUCCUUCUGGAAGGUCCUCCUCACAGUGGGAAGACUGCUCUGGCUGCAAAGAUUGCAGAGGAAUCCAACUUCCCUUUCAUCAAGAUCUGCUCUCCUGAUAAAAUGAUUGGCUUCUCUGAGACAGCCAAAUGUCAGGCCAUGAAGAAGAUCUUUGAUGAUGCAUACAAAUCCCAACUGAGUUGUGUGGUUGUGGAUGACAUUGAGAGAUUACUUGAUUAUGUCCCUAUUGGUCCCCGAUUUUCUAAUCUGGUAUUACAGGCUCUUCUUGUAUUACUGAAGAAGGCACCUCCUCAG